CUCCCUGAGGACCCGGGAGACGCCCCGUAUGAGGGUUUCAGCCGCUUCUCGCAGUGGUCCCUGAGGGUCGCGCUAACUUCCGGGUGUACAAAGAUGGCGGCCCCGUGCGCGUGCGCAUUGACAAAGUUCUAGUGUCGAUGGCUGGGGUAACAGAAGAGAAAGACAUGGAGAAGGCAGUUUGGAGUCCAGGGCUGGAUUCUGCCCCCCUGUCAGUUUUUGCCACUGAGUUAAAGUUGGGGUCACUGGUUACUCUGCUGCUUCUCACCAUUGUCAGCGGCCUCGUUCCUCUGUUUCUGUUCAGGCACAAAGGGAGCACAGUUACCUCUGGUACCAGGCAGCGAUUGCUGAGUCUCAUCAGCUGCUUCUCAGGAGGCGUCUUCCUUUCUACUUGUCUUCUGGAUCUCAUGCCCAGUUACCUGGCCUCUAUCAAUGACGCUCUUCAAGGGUUAAACAUCACACUGCAGUUCCCUCUGCAAGAGUUUAUCAUGGCCAUGGGUUUUUUCCUGGUGCUGAUAAUGGAGCAGGUUGCCAUGGGUUACAAGGACCAGGCCGGCUACUCGGAGGAGACGGAUGCCCUGCUGGGGUCGCCCGGCCUCGUACACAGCGGAGUUGGGAUGCAUCAUGUGCAUGUUGAUGUGAAUGCUCACUCUGCAGUGAGAACUAUGGCACUGAUCCUGUCCCUGUCGCUGCACUCGGCCAUGGAAGGUGUGGCCCUGGGGCUCCAGCAGGGACGUGGAGAGGUACUGAAGAGCUGCCUGGCUCUGCUUGUCCAUAAGAGCAUCAUGUCCUUCAGUCUGAUCCUGAGGCUGGGACAGGGGCGCCUGCACAUCCGGGCCAUGCUGGUGUGUCUCUUCUUUUACUCCUUUAUGUGCCCACUGGGCAUUGGGCUUGGCAUUGCAUGGGCUGGGCAGGCAGACCCAGUGGAACAGUUAACCCGCAGUGUCCUGGAGGGAAUGGCUACUGGGGCAUUUCUAUACGUGACCUUCCUGGAGAUCCUGCCCCAUGAGCUGAGCUCUCACCACCCUCAGAUCGACAGAGUCCUCGUGUUGCUUUGUGGCUUCUCUGCGAUCGCUGCUGUCCUCUUCAUCAAGAUCUGAUCUUUCACAGCCCUGCCAAGCUACCCCUGCUGCCAUUCCUAACUGUCACUUCCUAAGAAACAACAAUUAGGACCAAAUGACAGGAAAAAUGUGUGGGGUGCGUCUGCGUUCAAACGAAGUAGGGUUAAACUUGCCCUUUAUAUUUCUGCUUUGCUAAAGAAUAUUUUGUAAUAUUUAUAUACGGAUCUAUUUUUAUUAUACCAAUGCCAUUUGUAUACUCACGUAGUUACUAACAAGCCCUUCUUUGGUACCUAACACACACAGGCUUUAUUAAAAUGGCUUAUUUUGAA